AUGCUGACCUCCCAGCCUGCUCCCUACGCUCAGGCGUUCCCAAUGGCCCCCCAGCAGUCCGCCAUGUCCGCCUCCUACGCAAACCUGCCGCUCCAGAAGCCCGCCAACGGAGUCGCGUCCAGGGAGAACCUCUUCACCAGCCCGACCGAGUCUGAGUUCUCCGAGGGUGCAGACCAGCUCGAUCCCAUCAGGUCGUGGGACGAGAAGAAGGUCGGCGAGUGGCUGCAUAGCAUACGGUGUGGACAGUAUGAACCCGUCUUCAAAGCAAACCACUUCACGGGGGACAAUCUCCUCGACUGUGACCAGAAGAUACUGCAGGAGAUGGGCAUCAAAAAGGUCGGAGACAGAGUACGCAUCUACGUGGCAGUCAAACAGCUGCGCAACCGCACCCUGUCGUACCGCAAAAAGAGAAACAGGGACUCGCUGGCUGCCCUGGACUCGGCACGGUACACUCCGCCAUCCUCAGAGUCGUCUCGCCCGUCAAAUCCACGAUACCACCCCUCCGGUCGACAGUGGUCACGCAAUGAGCCUUCUUCUCACAGCUACGGUGCAAAGCCGUCGUCUCGGCCUACUUCUCCCCUGACCGAGGCAGACCGCCAGAUCCGAUCCUUCCGGUACAAUGGGGCCAGCCCGAUGGAGUCCAUUCGCCGUGAGCAGGGCCCCAAUUACUUCAGCUACUCUCACUCAAACUCCAGCACCUCACGGCACACAACUUCCUCCAACGACCCCUCACAGGCACCCAGGACGGUGGCCCAUGUCAGGCAGAAUCCCAGCAACGAUGGGCUGACCAUAAGCUCCCUACCGAGCCACUCGCCCGUCAUCAGAGUGAUACAUACGGGUGGACAGACCAAGGCACUCAACAUAAAACAGUGCAAGACUGCAGAUGAUAUAAUGGUCUGCGUUCUCAAGAAACUUCUCCUUCCCGAGAGCCAUUAUAAGAAUUACUGUUUCUACGUUCUGGACGGGCUGGAUCCCAAUCCGGCAAACUGCAGGCGGAUAUCCGACAUUGAGCUCUUGCAGAUAUGCGAUGGCUCCAACAGGUCUGAACGCGGCCGGCUCAUCUUGAGGAAUAUACAUGCCGGCGAGCCAGACCUGGAUGAACUCGAACUCGCCGCGCGACUGGCCACGGACGAGAGCCAGGUUGCUCACAUGAACGCCAUGAAUACGACCAACUUGAGGAACCAGAUCAAACUACAGAAACUGACGGGAGAGUCCUGGGACCAUCUGCGGCAGCCCAUGUCGCCCAUUACGGCCACCGAUCGUUCUCGAGAUGACCAUCGUAGACUGCCACAUACGCCAUCUGACACUACAGAUCGCGACCAGGGCACAAAACUACGUUCAUUCUUCGGUGCCCGUCCUCCAAGCGAGAUGAUCAUCCAUGAAUUGACCUCUUACUUCCCAAGUCACCAGAAGGAGGACAUUGAAAAGACCAUGCGUCUGUCUGUGCGAAGGUCGCAGCGCAUGAGUCGGGCCGCAAGUCGGCUGUCUGUCAUGAGCGGCGUCAGUCUGGCAUCAAGUAUGAAGGAUGCUCCGCCAAUUCCCAGCAUCGCAGACGCAUGGCUGUCUGCGGGCGCGGCAUCCAACCCUCCCUCGCGAGCUGGUGGUGGGCGACCCUUAUCUGUAUCCAGGUUCAACCUGCCCCAGGCUUCGUUCCGAGACUCGAUUGCUUCCUCGGCUCUGGAGCCAUUGCAAGAAGAGUCGCCAAUCCAGGAUAAUCGCAAGUCCUACGUCUCGUUUGAUGAAAGCUCCGAUCACCCGAUCAUUGAAGAGCCAGAACGACAGACCUUCCUGGACGAGACGCUGAGCGUCACCGCGACCGAUGGCGGCGGAUCGAUGAACGAGCGCCUGAGCAUGAUUGUAGCAGAGGACGGCGACGAGGUAGACGAUGGACUAGCUGAUUUCCUUGCUGGUAACAACUUCGGCAACAAGAACUGGAUGAAGGGAUCCUUGAUCGGUGAAGGCUCCUUUGGCAGCGUCUUCCUUGCUCUGCACUCCGUCACUGGUGAACUCAUGGCCGUCAAACAAGUCGAGCUUCCAUCUGCUACAAAGGGCACCGAAUUCGACCAAAAGAAGAACCUCAUGGUCACCGCCCUCAAGCACGAAAUUGGUCUCCUACAGGGCCUACAGCAUGAAAAUAUCGUACAAUACCUAGGCACCUCGACAGACGACCAGUACCUGAACAUUUUCCUCGAGUACGUUCCUGGAGGCUCCAUCGCAACAAUGCUAAAACAAUAUAACACCUUCCAAGAACCGCUCAUCAGGAAUUUUGUCCGUCAAAUCCUAGCGGGCCUCGAAUACCUACAUUCCCGCGACAUUAUACAUCGCGACAUCAAGGGCGCUAACGUCCUAGUCGAUAACAAAGGAGGCAUUAAAAUUUCUGAUUUCGGUAUCUCUAAGCGCGUCGAGGCAUCCACCAUGCUCGGAUCCGGCGCAAAGGGUCCAUCAAACCAUCUCCACCGUCCCUCCUUGCAAGGAAGCGUGUACUGGAUGGCUCCCGAAGUCGUGCGUCAAACAGCCCAUACCAAAAAGGCAGACAUCUGGAGUCUAGGCUGUCUCGUCGUCGAGAUGUUUAUCGGCGUCCACCCGUUCCCAGACUGCAGUCAGCUACAAGCCAUUUUUGCCAUCGGCAAUAACCAAGCAAGACCACCUCCGCCUGAAAAUGCGAGCAAAGAAGCCAUGGCCUUCUUAGACAUGACGUUUGAAAUCGAUCACGAGAAACGUCCUAGCGCAGAUGAGUUGUUGACCAACCCGUUCCUAGAAACGAUUGCUUGA